GACAGGAUGAGGGAAAAGUCUGACUUCGUCAUGGUGGGAUGUCGGGAUAGAGUUCGCGCAAACUUGGGGUUGCAAGACUUUUGAGCAUAAGCUUUCGCGCCCCACCUACGCAGCUGCCCGAUGCAGGCGGCAGGCCCCCGUCGAACUCGACUGCUACCUUGUUUCAUCUGUCAUCCGUCUCGUCACACUGCUUGCCGUGUCUACUUCUCACCUAAGCCUCGAGUAUCAUACUAGCUACCCUGAUGGAACCUCAACAGGUGAGCAUACUGUUAUUGGGUGAUGCCGACGUCGGCAAGACCACCUUUCUCUCUCGAUUAGCUCUUGGUCCAAAUAACACAACAUCUUCUCUGCCUGCCCUGCGAGAUCUCGACCAACCGUUUACAUUUGAGCUGCGUGGCCGCACGCGGCCCUAUACAUUAGAGUUCUACGACACAUCCUCCCCGGAGUCUUACACCUUACUUCGACCUAAUUUGAUUCUCCUUUGCUUCUCAAUAACAUCACAAGAAUCUUUGAACUCUCUCAAGGGUAGAUGGAAGCACAUUGUGGAAACGCACUUCAACUAUGACGAAAGUAUUCCCGUCAUUGUACUCGGUCUGCAACGAGAUCUUCGGCGAGACAAUGUUCAAGGCAUGGUGUUUCCCCAAGAAGCGUUAAGGGUUGCUGCUGAGAUGAGGUGUGAUCGGUACUGCGAGUGUAGUGCUGUGACGGGCGAGUUGUGUGCCGAAGUCUGGGAAGACAUCGUCAAGACGGCAGUAGCGACGGCUUCAGCACAAGGUGGAAGAUCGGAGCCACCUGCUUGUACGAUUAUGUAACACGUUAUCGUAUCUUGGGGAUAGAACAAGGACGGCACAAAAUCAUCAAUGUGCUGACGGAGACAAUGGGUGGUGCCAGGCCGAGCUGCAGACGGGAUCGACACUGAGGAAAAUCACGAUUGUCACCUUCAACGUUGGUACA